AUGACUGCUGUUCCUACCCACCUACCCAUCGACGUGGCGGCGCUGCUGAGAGCGCGGGCGGCGACGGCGGCAGAGUGGGCUGCCCGGGGCGGCCCUCCGGUCUGCUACCGCUUCCCGGACAUGAGCCUCUGCGGUUGCACCGUGCCGUGCCGGACCGCAGUCCGCUCGGCCCGUCUGCAUCCGGUGGCCGGCCACGUUGUGGUGGGCUCCAUCGAGACGGCAGUGGACGUGCCGCGGUUGCUGGCCAAUGGAGUGACCCAUGUGCUGGAUGUGUCAAACACGCCGUACGCCCGGGCGGACGGCGCCUUUGUGGUCGAGAUCGUUGAUCUGGACGACACGGCCGACGCGCCUCUGGCGGCCGCCAUCCCGCGGGCGCUGGCCUUUAUCGACGCUGCUGGUGCGCUGGUUCUCCCCGAUGGGACUCGUGGCAAGGUAUUGGUCCACUGCAGGGCUGGCGCGUCGCGCUCGGUUGCGUUUUGCAUGGCGUAUCUCAUGGCUCGCCACGGACUGAGCCUCGAUGCCGCCCUCGCUCAUCUGCGCCUAGUCCGCGGGCCGAUGGCCUCGCCCAACGCCGGCUUUCUAGCGCAGCUCACGGCGUGGGCAGCAACGCUGCCGGAACCUGCGCUUCGGGGGCUCCCCAUUCCGGACGAGGUCAUGGUGCGGAUCCUGGCGUAUGCAGCACCGAGUGCCGACGCUGCACUGGCGCUUGCCCACGUUUCUCCGCGCUUUGCAGCUCUUGUCCAGAGCAACCAAGUGUGGCAGCCGAUUUUCUGCAGCCGGUUUAAGUUUGGCGCCCUUAACACAUGCCCGUCGGUGACCGGCUCGUGGGCGGCGGCCUACGGCGAGCGCAUGGCCUCGGGUCCGGGCAGCGAGCCGUCGUGUUCCAGCAAACUCGCAGCGCUGGUCCAAAUGGUGGCGGCUGACCAGACACCUGACGAUGUCGACGUGUCUGGCAUCGACGACGCGCCACUGGCGUCGUCACUGGCUGACCUUCCAGCCGGCACAGCGGCUGCGCCAGCCCAACGCCAGCGACCGGCACCGCGCAAGCCGUGGGAGCGCGCCGCAGACGGGUCAUGA